AUGCCAACAGAUAUAUCCCCUGAAAGAGAUCUAUCAGGCCGUUUUCGAGCUUUCAGAAAAAUCGGUGAAGGCACGUAUGGUGUCGUUUACAAAGCGGUCCAUGUUCGCGACAAUGUGCAAUGUGCUCUGAAAAUGAUUCGAACCGACAGAGACGAAGAAGGUAUUCCGAGUACAUGUCUUCGUGAGAUUUCAUGUAUCAAAGACCUGCAGCAUGACAACAUUGUCACUCUUUUCGAUAUUAUCUACGCCAACAGCAAAUUAUACAUGGUAUUCGAAUUUAUCGACCAAGAUCUGAAAAAUUUGAUGGAUAUGCUUGAUCCAGUAGAUAUGAUGCUACCGCAAGAAUAUGUGAAAUCCUUCAUGUGGCAACUUCUCUCUGCACUCUCGUAUUGUCAUCUUCGAAGAAUCGUUCAUCGAGACUUGAAGCCACAGAAUAUCCUAGUUUCGAAUUCGGGCAUCGUAAAAAUCGCCGAUUUCGGACUGGCUAGAAACUUCUCAUUUCCCAGCCGAAAUUACACACAUGAAGUUGUUACUCUAUGGUACCGCCCACCUGAAAUUCUCCUUGGUUCGCAACGGUAUUCCACUUCGCUUGACAUGUGGUCACUCGGAUGUAUCUUCUCUGAAAUCGCCUCCACCAAACCAUUGUUUCCGGGUGAAUGUGAAAUCUCUCAACUAUUCAAAAUAUUCGAGAUCAUAGGGACGCCAAAUACAAGAAACUGGCCUGGAGUCGCUGAAUACCCUCAUUUCAAAACUGUCUUCCCGCAAUGGUCAUUCAAUUUGAACAAGCUCGCAGAACUAUCCUGUCUUACUGGACAUGGUCUUGACAUCCUGCGAGAGAUCUUACGCUACCCACCAGAACAUCGAUUGACUGCGAAAGGAGCACUCUGUCACCGCUAUUUUCUUCACAACGAAUUCACUCAAAACCGGCCAAGUGUUGCCAAGUUGAAGGAAGAAAUCGAUCAGAGAAUGCGGUCGAGACGAAGGACUAAUAGGGCGGCUUCACCAAAUGACCACAUCUUCUAG